GUAUCUCAAAAAGAAGAGGCAAGGCCGCCCCGGCGUCGCCGCACUGCUCCCACUCCAGUAAAGAAGCCUACUCCCCUUCCCCUUCCCCUCCCGUCCUCUCCUUGCCUUCUCGCCUUCGUCUUCUUCACCGCACGAGCAUCCGCCUCCUCACCUUUUCCUCUCCCACGUUGAUCCUUCUCUCGCUCCCUUUCUCGAUUCUUUCUCCGUAGGAUCUUUGGCUAGGAGUAGCCUGCUCGUGUGCGCACUUGCACGGACAUGCUUAUUGUUGCGGCUUGAAAGGGGAGUGAAAGGGGAUGGGUUCUUGCGCUUCGGUUGACAAGAAGGAUCCAGGGUUCCCCAAGAAGCAGUUUCUUGCGUCGGCCACCAACGCGAAGGCCGCCAACGGCAAGGGCGGCGGCGUUGCUCCGGUUGGCGAUGGCUUUGGUGAUCUCAAUUCCAAGGCCGAGGCGGAGCAACAGUGGGGAGGGUUUGGCCCCAAGAGCCCGGAUUCUGGUAGCAAGGAUGAAAUGUUCUUCGAAUCUCGAGCUUGGUUAGAUUCAGACUGCGAAGAUGACUUUUACAGUGUGAAUGGAGAUUUCACUCCAUCUCGUGGCAGCACACCAAACUAUCAACCCAGAACGCAAACAGUGAUGACUAACAUCUUCCAACCUGGCAAUUUGGACAAGUCAAAAUCAUCAGAACCUUCUCCAACUGGCCGAAGGAAAUUAGCCGAGCUUUUGCAGGAGGCAAUGCAAAACGGCGACGAAGAAAGCACCGAUGUCAGCAAGAACGAGAAGCAGCAGUUACAAUCUGUCGCCGCAGAUGGGAAGCCGGUGUCUGAAUCCACAUCCAGCUCCGCUUGCAGCACAGAACCGACGCCGACCGUGGUCACUAAGAGCCGGAGGGAGAAGGCUUGGUACACCGGGCACUGUUGCCUGCCGAGCUUUGUUCAUAGCCUGACCUUAGAUGGGAGUGAGAGAGGGCAGAAUGUGAGCUCUAGGCCAUGUGCUGUUUGACAGUGGUGGUGCUCCAGUGCCCUCCUGCCCUGAGCGGCUGUAUUUAGCACGACAUAUUACCCGAUCCGGACCCUGAAGCUACUGUAAAGAAGUGGGGGAGUAUUAAGAGUACUAUAUCCUUGUAGGAAUCAAGUGGAUGAUAGCUACUCGUAAAAUUGAUGUGCACUGCAUGUUGAUCAGCUGCGAGACUAGAGCAUCUAGCUCAAGAAAUUACCCCUAUCUGUGCAUACCUUCUCGAAUCUUUAUGGGUAUAAACAUAUAUUUUUCCAGAUGUCAACCGCCAGCUGAGCUAGGGCAUGUGGCAUGUGGAAGUGGGAUACCAUACCUUUCUACAGUU